GCGUGUUCCCUUGGAGCAGCAUUGCCAGCCGGAUGGCGUCUCGGGAGGGAGGAGGAGGAGGAGCGGCGGCGGGCCGGCCGGCGCUGCGGGUGGGGCGGACGCAGGAGUACCGGACGGGCAUGGACACGGAGCUGCUGUCCAUCGACGGCGGCGGCGCGGGGCCGGCGGUGAGCCUCUUCGUGCUCUGCGGCGACCGGUUCGAGGCCGCGCAGCUGUUCCGCUCGGGGGCCCUGUCCCUGCACAUGCUCCGCGUCGAGGGCCACCCGGUGUCCAUGGCCUCCUGCACCGUCGGCGACCACCAGUGGAUGCUGGCGCGCGACGCGCUCGUGGCGCGGGUCGACGCGCGCGCCUUCGUCUUCGAGCUCCCGGGCUUCUUCUACGCCGUCGUCGUGCCGGCCGACGCCGCCGCGGGCGGCGCGGACCGGAAGUGCGCCACCAUGGCCGAGAUCUUCUCGCGGUUCUGCAACUACCAUGACCUCACCAAGGCGGAAGGUGACGACGACGAAGCUGGUGAGGUCAACCAGAACCCGUGGGCCCGCGCCCACGCAAGGAUACAGCGCCUCAAGCGGCACACCUCGCCGCCUGGAGGACACGUCGCCGCCGACGCGCAGUCCGACCGCGCCAGGCAGAUGGAGCGCGCCGUCCGCACGUCGGCGGUCGUCAAGCUUCUCAUCCGCUCCCUCCUCGCCGGGGUGAUCCAGCCCGCCCGGCACCUGACUAUCACCUUGGGCGGCGGCAGCGGGAGCGUCGUCAAUGCCGGCUCGAGCGCGCGCGCCUCGGCGGCGGCGCUGCCGAGCAAGUCGGUCGUGUCCGAACUCCUCGACGCUAUCGAGACGAACCGGGCUGCGCCCCGCCGCGACGCACGCCGCGGAUCUGCCGGCGGCGGCCUGGUAGGGUGGUGGAGCCUCAACGUGGAGGGCAUAAUGCUGCUGCUGAGGUUCGUCCAUGCGGUCCGGGGGAGGAAACAUCUGGCGGCGCCGGCGGCGGGGGAGAAGAGGCCGCGUGACGAGGGACCCGGUCGCGACGCCAUGAGAGGCGGGGUCCUCGGAGGAGGUGGCGCCGCGGCGUUCGGCGGCGGGGCGGCGCGGCGGUGGUGCGGCGGGAGGUCGAGGAAGCUGGGGAACACCGUUGGCGCCUGCGGGAGCUCUUGA